GGAUUGGCAAAAUCAUUACACCGAAAUCAUCACAGUACCUGCGGUCCCCGUCAAGCAUGCUCCAUCAAUGGCUGCAACGGCCAGUUUGAAGGCCUCAGCUCGAUUGCCCGCUGUACCGGCAACUUUGCAGGGUGCCGAUGCAAUCCCACCGACGUGACAUGCGGUCCUCCCCAGCCAUGCGACCGUAACGGCUACGCCGGCAACUUCGAGAUAGCCAUGGUGGAGCCCGUAUGCACAGGCAACUUCCGUGGGUGCAGGUGCAGCCCGGUGGCAGGCACCUGUGGCCAGCCGCAGUCAUGCGACCUCAACGGCUGCCAUGGGACCUACGACGCCAACUCCAACACGGCGCGUUGCCGCGGCAAUUUCAGGGGGUGUGUUUGCAACCCCGGCCCCAACGCUUGCGGUCCGCCCCAACCGUGCGAUUUGAACGGCUGCGCGGGCACCUACGACGCCUUCUCCAACACGGCCCGAUGUCGUGGGAAUUUCCGCGGUUGCGUCUGCACGCCCGUGCCGUCGAGCUGCGGCCCACGCCAAAACUGCGACCUGAACGGGUGCGAGGGCCGCUACGACGGCCUUUCCAACACGGCGCGGUGCACAAACUUUUACCGCGGCUGCGAAUGCAAUCCAGGCCCGGCGACCUGUGGCCCGCCUCAGUCGUGCGAUCUCAACGGAUGCGACGGCUCCUACGAUGCCAACUCCAACGUCCGCGCUGCCGUGGUAACUUUAGGGGCUGCCAGUGCAAUCCCACCCCGCGGACGUGCGGUGCGCCCCAGAGUUGCAGCGCCGGCGGGUGCGCGGGUACAUUCGACCCCAACUCCAACGUAGCGCGGUGUCGAAACAACUAUGCGGGCUGCGUGUGCGUGCCGUCGACGGGGUCUUGCGGGACGCCGCUGAGCUGCGAUCUCAACGGUUGCGCGGGCACCUACGACUUCAACUCCAACGUGGCGCGCUGCCGUGGGAACUUUGCCGGGUGCAUCUGUCUGCCGACCCAGAACACGUGCAGGCCGCCGCAGACUUGCGCGGCCGGCGGGUGCGAGGGCACCUACGACAACCGCGAGCUGGGCGUGGCGACAUGCAAGGCCGCCUACCGCGGGUGCCGUGUGCAAUCCGGUGCCGGGCUCGCUGGGUGGGUGCGGCACCCUCAAGCGCUGCGACUUUGGCGAUUGCAACGCGGCGGCGCCCGUGUCCGGCGGCGGCCUCGGCACCUGCCGCUCCGGCCGCUACGCGGACUGCGCCUGUGUCCCGACCCCGGCGCCGCCGGACGGCACGUGCCCCACGGCGGGAUGCAUCGACCCGGUCGGUCCGACGGUUCCGGCCAUCGACUACACGGAUUGCCGCAUGGGGUAUUGCUCCCGGCUGCGGGUGCCGGGCGCCGCCUGGGAGUGCCUCUGUAUUUGCCCGGAUGGUCGGGCAUACGGGGGGAUGAUGCCCGGCAACCCCGGUCGCCGCUGCAACGCCGCGCGCGAAGGUGCGCCGCGCGGUGGCUACGUUCCGUCCAAUGGCGAUGCGUUUUGGGAGUCGUUUUGCGAGUUUUUCUUCUGGAAUCCUCUCUGCUGGUAGUUUGGCUGCCUGUCCUGGUGGCUAAGACAGGCAGUGGGGUGGGAAGGGGGGGUUUAUUUUGCUAUUUUGUUACCCCUGAUCAGUGAUGUUGCAACGUUUGCAAACACUUCUUUCGGCAUUUGCAAUCCUCCACUUCGCUCCACUAUACUACAUACCAGUUAGAGCCUAAUAAGCAUCCCUUGAGUCUGCUUACCACUCAUUAGCUUAAGUAAACCUAACAUCUAGCCGUUGCCACCUCCAGACCCGUUUUCGUGAAGCGCCAAGAGCCGACCAACACCCAAACUGAUACUAGUAGGACUUGUAACUCGGAGCUAUGGUUUAU